CUUAUAUCAAAUCAUUACGACUACUGCGUAUUCAAUCCUUGCGCGGUCGACAGCGAAAUGUACACGCCAGCUUACAGAUUGUUUUGUAUACAACUUUGUUCAAUUUGACACAGAUUUGCAAUACAGUCGCAUGCAAAGAAGUUCAAACCUGUCGCUGCGGAUUCGUUACAAGCAAUGGAGGCGCCGGAUGUGGAAGCGACUACUGGGACAACUUCAGUGGCAGACGGCGACCACGGAGUCAAGGAGACGUUUGCGGAGGACAAUGUGGAGCCAAGUACAAGCCAAUGUGAGGUGCGCGGGAACUGACAUCGUACGUAACAAGAAGGAAAGAAGACCUUGAAUCGGUUGUAACGGACACAUGUGACGCUCGGGUUGCCAAUACGGAGGCGGCUUUGCGAGAAGUUAUAGCACAUACACGAAAAUGGAAAGAGGACCUUGAAUCGACCGAUGUGGACGGCUGUAACGUUCCCAUUACAAAUACUGAGGCAGGUUUGCGAGAAAUUAUGGAAUACACAAUAAAAGGUAAUAUAGGAAUAGAUGACAUAGAGGACAUUGAAUCAACCGAAAUGGACGGAAGUGACGUUCUUUUGUCAAGUAGUGAGGCAUGUGUGCGGGAAGUAAUAGCACAUACUAUAAAAGGGAACGAUGACAUUGAAUCGACCAUAAUUGAAGGAAGUGACGUUCUUAUUGCAAGUAGUGAGGCAUAUGUGCGGGAUGUGAUAGCACAUACUAUGAAAGGGAAAGAGGACAUUGAAUCGACCGUAAUGAAUGGAAGUGACGUUCUUAUUGCAAAUACUGAGGCAUGUGUGCGGGAAGUAAUAGCACAUACAAUAAUAGGGAAAGGGGAAAUUGAAUCGACCGUAAUGGGCGGCAGUGACGUUCUUAAUGCAAAUACUGAGGCAUGUGUGCGGGAAGUAAAAUACAAUACUAUUAAAGGUAAAGAGGACAUUGAAUCAACCGUAAUGGACGGAAGUGAUGUUCUUUUUGCAAGUAGUGAGGCAUGUGUGCGAGAAGUAAUCGCACACACAAUGAAAGGGAAAGAGGACAUUGAAUCGACCGUAAUGCACGGCAGAGAAGAAUUUUUGACUCUAGUCGACGUUGCAAAAAGAGAAAUACAAGAUUCCAAGACAAAGAAGGGUGAAGAAAAAUACGCAUUGCAAUGCAAAGAGUUCCAUGACAUGUUAAUUGAGCACUACAGACAGACUCAGGGUACGGUGUCGGUUUCCCCCAUAUGGGACGGCCAUGACAAACCUAUACACAAUGUAUUUGUGCGACCAAAUUUAAUUCAUAUUAAAAUCGAGAACGAUGGAUCUCGAAGGAAAACGGAUAACGGAGUGCUCAAAUACAAAGACUUAUUUUACAAAGAAAACAAGCUCAACAAACGAGUAAUUAUACAAGGUGAGCCCGGGAUGGGCAAGAGUACACUGCUAUCUAAGUUCGUGCUUGACUGGUGUGAGGCUGCGUCACCUGAAUUUCAGGAGUACAUUGCCAAUUUCAGUGAUUUAGAAACGUUGCAGGGAUUCACAUUUCUUUUCCAUUUAUCUCUAAGAGAUUCGCCUGAAAUAUAUGAGGUACUAAAGAUGAUAAAAUCACAACUUAUUGACAAAAUGUAUGAUGGAGAUGAACGUAAACAGGUGUACACCCUACUGCAGCAUAUCAUGAAAACGGAAAAAAUUAUCAUUUGUAUGGACGGGCUAAACGAAUGGGCUACCAACUUGAACAGUGACCCUUUUCCGUUAAUUGCCACUUGUAACAAGCAAUGUGUAGCGUUAAUAACAACUCGACCAUGGAAAAUGGUGGACAAGAGAAUCAAGGAUUCUGGCAUUGACCUUUUGAUAGAAGUAAGUGGAAUAAUUGAUAAAGAACAGCUUGCGAUAUUCGUCCUAAAAAGUCUUCAGACCAACAACAGCAAGUCAUACACAGAGUUUAUGUCGUAUGUGGAAGAACAAAAGUUACAGCAUUUCCUUGCGUCUCCAUGGCUUUUGACGCUGCUAGUUAGCGUGUGGAUCAAUAGUCAACAUUUUAGUGGCUCGUUGUGUGAACUGAACUGCAUUUUGCUUGAUAAUCUUUUCAGGAAAGCAACGACACAUGAAGGCAAAUUUAGCCAUGCACAAUUUCGAUGUUUGAAGGCAACGAACUUUAUUUAUCCACGCGUCGAAAUUUUGAAUUCUCUUGCAAAACUUGCAUUUGAGUGCACUUUCUCAUCCGGAAAAUCUCUCGUAUUCUCUAAAGAGAAAGUAUUGGAGAGUUUGUCUCAAGAACACCUGAAAUUUUCCCUUCAAGCUGGAAUCUUAUCAGAAAGGUACAUUUCUUCACAACAAUCUCAGUUCUCGUUUCUCCACGAGACUGUGCAGGAAUUCCUUGCUGCAUUUCAUAUCGCACAAUCAAAUGGUAUCUCAAUAUCAAGUAUCAUUGAAACAAUGCGUCACGUGCUAGAAAUCAGUCAGGUAUUUAUUUACCUAUGCGGACUUCACACUGAGAAGGCUAGCACAAUUUUAGACUCAGCUGUCUAUGACCUCCAGGGAGACAUAAGUCAUGGAUUAAGUUUAUACGUAAAGGGAUGGUAUGACGAGAAUAAGAUAUCUGUAUUUCAUGAAGAAAAUACAAACUUUUUUAAUAUUGUCCCUGCGAAGCAUAAUGAAACUGAAAACUAUGAUUUGGACUCCAAUGCACAAUGUGUAUCUAAAGCACUAUUAUUCCAGAGCUUGCUCAUUGCGGGUUUUAAGGAGGCGGAAGCCAGCGAUCAAAAUGUUUCUUAUCUGGUUUGCAAUGACUUCAUAUUCCACGAAUACCUACAUGAUUCUGAAUUAGUCGACCUGAAGUCAAUGUUAAUGAACAAUACAUCACAUGUACGUUCACUUAUUCUACAAAGUUACAGACUACAAACAAAAGAAAUACUCACAGUACUUCAAAUGUCAAAGGCUUGUCUUACGCGCUUAAAGAUACCUGGACACCACGAAUUGUAUAGAGCAUUAUGUGAUUUGAAAAUAACGGAGCUUGUUUUAGAAACAUACACCAAUGUACCUGUGCUCUCUGACGUGAUACAGUAUCUUUCCAUGUUAAGUUAUUUAGAACUAAAAAAAGGCAAUUUGCACGACGAAUUGUGUGUUCCUGUAGCUUUAAAGCAUUUUUCAUUGUAUAACAUUUCAUUUUCUGCUCGGUAUCUGAGCAGGUUGCUAGUGCGCCUAUCGUCAUUAGAUCGUCACAUACGAUGCGACUUGCGUGAUUGCUAUGUGGAGUCUGACAAUCACAAAACAAAUUCCGCAUAUGAUGGAGGAAAUAUGGAUAUACUCGUUGUGCGCAGGGACUUGUUGUCAUGUGACAUGUCUCGUAUUGAACUGUUCGUUGAAAAUGGUAGUAGGGCUCUGUAUGAACUAUUGCGUGGUACAAGUAUAGGGAUACUUGCACUCAUAACGAGUAACGAUGUUUCAUUUGCCGCUGAUAUUCUACCCACACUCAGCAAGUUAGAAAAACUAUAUAUAUGGGGGACGUAUAAGGAUCGAUGUGCUCUACAGCUUCCUCCUACAUUGCAAUGUCUAUCACUCCAGGAAGUGGAAUGUUCAACUGAAUGGCUCGGCGGCUUGUUUAUCAAGCUUUCUUCAUUACAACAUCAAGUUGAAUAUAAUUUGGGUAAUGUUGCUGUGAACAUAGGUGUCACAGAAGAUGGACCAGAUUUAACCAUGCUCGCCGUACAACGUGAAUUGUUGUCAUGUGACAUGUCACAAGUUGAACUGUACAUUGAAAAUGUAAGUAGGGAUCUGUAUGAACUAUUGCGUGGUACAAGUAUAGGGAUACUUACACUAAGAACGACUGACGAUGUUUCAUUAGCCGCUGAUAUUCUACCCACACUCAGCAAGUUAGAAAAAGUAUAUAUAUCGGGGACGUUUAAGGAUCGAUGUGCUAUACAGCUUCCUCGUACUUUGCAAUGUCUAUCACUCCAGAAAGUGGAAUGUUCAGCUGAAUGGCUCGGCGGCUUGUUAAUCAAGCUUUUUUUAUUACAACAUCAAGUUGAAUGUGUAUUAUGUGAUUGUUCUGUUAGCAAAAUUGACACAGAAGAUGGACCUGAUGCAACCAUGCUCGCUGUACAACGUGAAUUGUUGUCAUGUGACAUGUCACAAGUUCAACUGUAUAUUCAAAAUGGUAGUAGGGAUCUGUAUGAACUAUUAUGUGAUACAAGUAUAGGCGUACUUGAACUCGCAACGACUGACGAUGUUUCAAUAGCAGCUGAUAUUCUACCCAUAUUCAGCAAGUUAAAAAAGCUAGUUUUAUGGGGUACGCUUAAUGAUCGAUGUGAUAUAGAGCUUCCUCGUACGUUGCAAUUUCUAUCACUCCAGGAAGUGGAAUGUUCAGCUGAAUGGCUCGGCGGCUUGUUAAUUAAGCUUUCUUCAUUACAACAUCAAGUUGAAUUUCAUUUGUGUGAUGUUGCUUUGAACAUAAGUGACACAGAAGAUGGACUAGAUGCAACCGUGCUCGCUGUACAACGCGUGUUGACAUGUGACAUGUCACACGUUAAACUGUAUAUUCAAAAUGGUAGUAGGGAUCUGUAUGAACUAUUGUGUGAUACAAGUAUUGGCGUACUUGAACUCGCAACGACUGACGAUGUUUCAAUAGCAGCUGAUAUUCUAAGCACCCUUAGUAAGUUAAGAAAACUAUAUAUAUGGGGGACGUUUAAGGAUCGAUGUGCUAUACAGCUUCCUCGUACGUUGCAAUGUCUUUCACUUAAGAAAGUGGAAUGUUCAGCUGAAUGGCUCGGCGGUUUGUUAAUCAAGCUUAAUUAUUUAAAUCAUCACGUUGCAUGUGUAUUAUGUGAUUGUGCUGUUAGCAAAAGUGACACAAAAUACGGACUAAAUGUAACUAUGCUCACUGUACAACGUGAAUUAUUGUCAAUUGACAUGUCUCGUAUUACACUGAUCGUUAGGAAUGGUAGUAGGGAACUGUAUGAACUAUUGCGCGGAACAAGUAUAGAAACUCUUUCACUCAGAGCGACUGACGAUGUUUCUUUAGCCGCUGAUAUUCUUCCCACACUCAGCAAUUUAGAAAACUUAGAUAUAUGGGGGACGUUUAAGGACCGAUGUGCUAUACAGAUUCCUCCAAUUUUACGAGUUCUGUCCCUUCAUAGAGUAGAAUGUUCAACUGAAUGGCUCAGCAGCUUGUUAAUCAAACUUUCUUCAUUAAAACAUCAAGUUAAAUGUCAAUUGUUUGAUGUUGUUGUGAACACAAGUUACGCAGACGAUGGGCAAGAUGAAAGUAUUUCUGUUGUGCGAAAAGAAUUGUUGUCAAGUGACUUCUCUAAAUUGAACCAUAGAAACGGUAGUAUGGACCUGUAUCAACUACUUCGUGGUACAAGUUCAUGAAGGCUUAUGCUCAAUUGACUGACGAUAUUUUAGUAUCUCCUGAUGUUCUACCCACACACACUAAGUAAGAGUCAUAGUGCUGUUGAUCUAUUGUUUAAAAAUAGACAAUUGUGCAAUACCUGUAACCAUGCUGUUGUCGAUUAUUUUGAGUCGUUAUGUUUCCGCCGGCACCUAAUUGUUAUGUAUUUAUAUGUUAUUAAUGGCAUAUUCAACUAUAACUCUGAAUUUGUAAUAUUUGUAAAACAAUUUAAAUGUGGAUUCAUAUUAGAUAACACGUCAAUCAGAAAUAUAACUUCUGUAGAAUAUUGCAUUUAUUGUAGUGUUCAUUGAAUAACUAAUUGAUAUGUUCAUACACUUGCAAUUUCAUUUUAUUGUCGGUUAUUUUGAUUAUUUUUAGUUGCAACUGACAUGUCAAUUUAAGUGUUAUGUAUUUAAAACAUAAUGUCCUUACAAAGUGGCAUAUGUAACUGUAACACUGAAUUUUCGGUUUGGUAAGGAGUACUUAACCUUAAAGUGUACCUAUUCAUUACUACAUGUUCAAAAAAAAGUUAUGCGUAUUGAGAAGACACAACCACAACACGAUGGUUAAGGUAAAUUAAUUGUUUAAGACGUGGUAUGAGGGAAUGCUAAUUUUUUUAGGCAAAGAGCUUUAUUUUGAAAAUGCAUUUGAUUGUGUGUAACUAAUAGUGUAUGUGUACUCUUAUAAAAUAUAAUUCUAUGGAAGUUUACCGUCAAAGUUACAAUCCGUAGUGUGACGAAAUAUUUGCACUGAUUCGAUAUAUAAAUGUGCACAUUAUUUUACGUUUUUCGAUGCUUAAUCGUUUAAAGAUAUACUUUAAAACAAUUCAUGUAAGAAAGUGGUAUUGUGUUUUCAUCAUGCGGCUUUUCGAUUACAACAAUAUUUAAAAGGUGAAUCUGACAUAUGCAAUAAUUUUUGCGAUGAAUGAAACAGGCUGACGGAAUGUGUUAAUUUUCGAACAUUGGCUUCAUACGUAUAGAACUAUCUAAAUAUGAAAUGUAAAACAUUUCAAAUGCUAGGUGCACUAUUUUCAACAUACAAACAUUAUCUUUUUAAUCAUGUACAGUUAACAUACAUACAUAUUUUUCAAUAAUACAAUCUAAGGAGUGCGAUGUCAAUAGCAGUUCUUAAUUGUUACGUACGUGUUGUAUGAACAAAUGUUAAAAUACAUGUGUUGGAACUCCGUGUUGAACAUUAAAAAUACAUGUCGUUGACUAAAUUUCGACAAUAAUCUUACGAUACCGUGCAUGGUAUCAUCGUCCUUUUUACAAUAGCAAAGUAAAUGUAGACUAAUGUCAGAUUAUGUAUAAUGUAUGUAUUUAUUCAGACUGUUUAAAAUGAAUCUUGGUGGGCAUGUUUUGUAGCAAUAAACAUGUAUGUACCAUUGUUCGAAAAACAUAUAUUUUAUAUAUGUUACGUUCAUACUAAUCUUGGUGUAUUUAGAAUAACUGUUUGAUAGCUUUUUCAAUUAAAUGCUUAUAAAAGUUCAUAUUUAAAACACGUAUGCAUACAAACGUUAAACAUUGUUCUGACACGUGAAUUGUACAAAUGUUUAACUACGAAUUGAUGGGAUGAUGCUUUUUUACCAUUAACAUGUACUUCGCUGAUGUCGGUCCUUAUGUCCGCGUUUAGGUACCUAUAGCUUCUCAGCCUGCUGUUCUAUACAAUUAUCAUGCUUUUUGGUAAUGUCAUAUACAUUUGAGUUCUUUGUAUUUUAAAGCUUGAAAAUACUUGUCCGAGUAAUGGCUUCACAUCUCGUGAUUAUACCUGUUAUGUUAUCCCACAAUCUUUAACUAGAUCACGGGCGCUUUUGUUUAUGAUCUGUGCAAAUAAAAUAAAUAGCACAGCAUAUUCUGGGAAAAACAUUUAAUAAUAGUUUGAAAACGUUAAUUUUAAAUCAGUUAUAUUCAAUCCAUUAUAUGUUUAUAGAUCAAUGAAACAACUAUGCAUUUUCUGUAUUGUAUUUGACAUUUGUAGUGAUUCUGUAAAUAAAUUGCGAAUGAAAACGUCUAUAAUUAACGUUUAACGCGAUCAUGAGUGUAAAGAAAACGAAUUAUUUCAAACCUGCCAUGUGUAAACGUUGUAGCGAGUAUGGUAUAUAAACAGCAUAAUAGCCGUAUAAUAUCUAUGAAACUCCCUCUCAUGCGUGCUUUCUAAUUUAGUAUAUUUAAUAAACUUUUCAAACAGAAAUUACAGAGCCACAUCAGUGCACAUACUAUGUUUGAUAAUUCAUUCGUUUGUUGGAUAUUGUUUGCUGUUUUAAACACAUAUUAGGUCAUAUCGCGAAGAUUUAGUCAACCUUACCAUGUUUUCAUGGGCGAACUCACGUAUUCAAGUACUCUUACGACUAUGGGCUCAUACCUACUUUCGGGAAUCAUCAUGAAAUUAUUGCCGUACUUAACGAAAAAACAUGCCCGAGCUUAUUGAAUUAGAGAAAAACAAUAAUCAAAAGAGAAAAAUUAUGUGAAAUCACGUCCGUACACAUGACAUCAUUAUCUUAGGAAAGAAAACAACGAAAUAUAAAGUUUGGUAUGAUAUACAUGUGAAAUUAAAGAGCAUGGUGUAAUUAAAGAUCAUGUCAAGUUUUGAAUAUAUCUGCUGAAACGUCAUGUUAUAACCCACAAACGUUUUACUGUAACAGAACGUAUUUUUAAGAUAAGUGGUACAGAAAAUACACGUCGAAUAUCUUUUUAAAGAUAUUUCUUGUUAUAUUUGAUCGAGGAUGUAACCCUCCUCCCAGUUUCGCUGAAUGGGUCAAGUUCCCCACGGGUACUAUUUCCCCGUACUCCCAAUUUUUUUUUCUUACCCAAAAUUGUUCGUACCCAAUUUUUUUCGUACCCAAUUUUUUUCGUACCCACAUUUUUUUCGUACCCACAUUUUUGUUCGUACCCAUUUUUUUUCCUACCCAAAUUGUUUUUCCUAUCCAAUUUUUUUUACCCAUUUUUUUGGCAUAAUUUUUGUACCCACAAUUUUCGUACCCAUUUUUUGUUUCGUACCCAAAAUUUUCGUACCCACAUACACAAUUUUGGUGAUGUAGAUAAACUUAAAUUGAUGCUUUUAUAUCCAUCCUCUUUAAAAGCAUCGUCACAUCAGUACUGUCAGUACUUUGAUUUCAGUUAAGUGCUUAUUAAAACUCAUAGGUAAAAUAUAUAUACAUACACAUGUUUAACAUUGUUAUGUCACGUGUUCAAGCCAAAUUAUUUGUUUUUUUAACUACGCUAUUUAUCGAGUUGACAUGAAUUUAUUCAGAUCGCGAAUGUCGGCCCUAAUAUCCUCGGUAAAAUGCCUAGAACUUCUCAGCCUACUGAAAUAGAAAAUUAACAUUCUUAUUGGAAAUGCCAUAUAUAUUUAAGAUGUGUGUAUUUAAGAGCCAGAGAAUACUUGUCCGAGUAAUGGCUUCACAUCUAUUGAUUAUAUCUGUUAUGUUAUCCUAUUUUUGGUCGAACACGUGCGCUUAUAUGUUUGAUAUGUAAGCAAAAUGCCACAGUUGGCAGUUUGUUAAAAAUAACGCAAAACAUUAAUUAUAUAGACCAAUUUCAUACUCAUUUUCCUGGUACAUAAGGAGUCUUGAGAUUGAUUCAUACGUUCUGUCUUACUAAAUGUUGUCUACACUGAUCAAAGACAUAACUAUGGAAACGUUAGCACUGUGUAUAUGACAUUGUGUAGCACUUUGUAUAUAACAUUAUGCAGCACUGUGUAUAUGCCAUUGUGUAGCACUGUGAAUAUGACAUUGUGAAGCACUGUGUAUAUGACAAUGUAAAGCAAUGUGUAUAUGACAUUGUGUAGCACUGUGUAUAUGACAUUAUGUAGCACUGUGUAUAUGACAGUACGUAGCACUGUGUAUAUGACAUUGUGAAUCACUGUGUAAAUGACAUUGUAUAGCAUCGUGUAUAUGACAUUGUGUAGCACUGUGAAUAUGACAUUGUGAAGCAAUGUGUAUACGACAUUGUGUAGCACUGUGUAUAUGACAUUGUGAAUCAAUGUGUAUAUGGCAUUGUGUAGCACUGUGUAAAUGACAUUGUGUUACACUGUGUAUAUGACAUUGUGUAGCACUGUGUAUAUGACAUUGUGUAGCACUGUGUAUAUUACAUUGUUUAGCACUGUGUAUACGACAUUGUGUAGCACUUUGUAUAUCACCUUGUGCAGCACUGUGUAUAUGACAUUGUAUAGCACUGUGUAUAUUACAUUGUGUAGCACUGUGUAUAUGACAUUGUGUAGCACUGUGUAUAUGACAUUGUGUAGCACUGUGUAUAUGACAUUGUGAAGCAAUGUGCAUAUGACAUUGUGUAGCGCUGCGUAUAUGACAUUGUGAAGCAUUGUGUAUAUGACAUUGUGAAGCAAUGUGUAUAAGACAUUGUGUAGCAAUGUGUAUAUGACAUUGUGUAGCACUGUGUGAAGGCUCGCGGCGAGCUAUUGGUGUUUAUAAAUAUUCCUUCACAAAGCACGAAUAAGUUCACGUUUUAAUGGCACGUCAAGCUCAAACAUUAUAGUUGUAUUGUAAGAAAACGAUGUUAACAUUUUUUUUCAUUCGAAAAAUACCCCCCCACGCAAAAAAAGAGAAAUUUCCAUCGUACCAAAAUCUGCGAUCUUAUUGUACACAGCACAUGAAUGAUUAUAGUAAAUACCGAUUGAAUUAUAUGCAUCAAUAUUAUUGACCCUUGUUUGAACAGGUAAUAUAUUGCUAAUUUAAAUAUAUUAAGUGCACACGUAAUAUUAGUGGCAUUAUAUGUAAAUACAUGCAUAAUGGCUUCAGAGUCCGCAUUAUCAUCGAUUAUCAUCCUUGCCUUGAACAGAAAAGUGUUACAAGAUACGACAUUAUUUCGGACAACGCAAUAAUCACAUAUUCACAAUAAAAGCACUGAAGGCACCGAAUGUGUUCGCAAUUGCAUAAUCUUAGAAGCAACUCAGUUUUCAAACUUAUGUUAUAGCUUUUUAUAUCGCAAGUUUGAAAUGAACACAACCCAUUCAAAUUUUAAAGAGUGUGUCUUAAAACACAGGUCGAGAUGUGUGUGACUGUUUAUCCUCAUAUUUAUGUUAUAGCGAUAACUUAGACAAAAUAACAACAAUAUGUCUUUUUUUUCACAAUUGAUCGCUGCACAGGCAACCAUCUUCAGAAUUGUGGUUGCCUUGCUAAAGAAUAACAAGCCUAUCAUCAUGUACUUGCUGUGAUAUGUGUAUCUAAUACUUUAUCUGUUUUCUUUCAAUUAUUGAGAAACCAUUUUGCCCACAUGACAGACUUUUAAUGCAGCAUUAAGCCCCGUUUUCCCUGAAAGCAGCCAAUAUGUACAGAUUUUAAUGAUUAACUUACCAAUGUCAUCGCACAAGCUGUUAUAAACACUAGACUGGCCAAUAUGUCCCACACGCUCUUAAACCUAUUGUUUACAUAAUUACAGGCUGUCGUCUGCUGCAGUAUACCAGUUAAGUAUAAACAGAAACGCUUAAAGGGGUAUUGCGGCAGUUUAUUUAACGGAGAAUAUAUUUAUAGCAACACCGAUGGUGCUAUUAUCACAACUCAAUAAUUUUGUUAUCAGUAUCAUCAGAAAUGGCCGAAUUGGUUUAUAAUUCAAUUGUCAGUGGUUCGAUCCCAGGUGGGGUUAACUUUUUUUUACUUCUUUUUUAUUUCUUUAAUUUCAUUCUUGUUUUAUACUGGAGCUUUUUAGUCAUGUCGUUUAAAUUUAUCAAUUUAAAGCAUUUAAUCACAAACUUCAAAACAAGCCGAAAUCUGUGAACAAGUACAUGUAAGUUAUUAAUGAUUAAGGUCGAGUUUGAUACUGUAUGGUAUUAUGUUUGUGAUUAAAUAUUGUUUUUUAUUUAUGUCUUUUGGUAAGCUGUUGUGAUCCCAGUUAAGAUUCAAAACAAUUUCUAAUGUAUAUGCAUAUUUCUUACAAUCUAUGUACCGGUACUUGGGUUUUGCCUAAUUGAUGUAUUUUUAUAAAAUUUGAAGUAGACGGUAGGGAUAGUUACACCAAAAAACUCUGUUAAAAGUGCGGUGACCCCCUUUUUUAUUUUUGUUUCAUGAUAAAAAUACAUAGAUGAACAUAUUUGAGAAGUUUCGCAAAAAGUUAUUGGAUAGAACUUUUUAAAAUUCCAUUUUUGUGGUAAAAAUUGUAAAAAAAUGACGUUUUUUGGUCGACAUAAAAAUUAUAAAAAUUAAAUUUCUUAAAAUUUAACUUGUGUUCUCCAUUUUUUUGGUUGUUUGUGGUUUACUUAAAUGGUAUAUGAUAUAUGUUAGCUUAUAUAAUCUCUACAUGUUUCCAAUUUCAUAGGUUAUUAAUCAUUAUUAUGCAAUAAGAGAUUUUUCAGUUUUAAUGAAAAAGUACAUAUUAUAUAAUGGUGAAUAAAAUCCAAACAAAGCCGGUGACCCUAUGUUUUUAUUGCAUUUUUCAUUUAGUAUUUGUAUGUAGUACUUGAAUAAAAAUUUUGAGCAAAAGUUAUUAGAUGGUAAAAAAUCAUCAAAACUGCAGCAACACCCCUUAAGCAUUUGUCGUCUGCUAAACUGGAGUUAUCCAUACUGGCAGUCAUGGGUUACGGGCCCUACCGUAGCUAACGCAUAAUGAUUUGCAAAAUUGCGUCUGCAACGCUCACAAAUAAAAAUGCAUGCUAAAACAUAUAAAUAAUUAUUCACCUUAAUUGCUGACCUAUGCAUACAAUACAUCCGAUUGAAAUUAGAUUCGUUCAUGGAAUUUUAUUUUUCAUGUUUAUAGUUAUCACAAAUUCCCCAACUUAACAUUUCCGUUAUUGUGAUGCCAUUACUCGGUUGAGUGCUUGUUGAACGAUUACCCUCUUGAUAUUUAAUUAUUAAUUGAAUCCAAGUGUACUUCAACUUAUAAAUAAAAUAAAUGAAAACUA